CAUUCGGGUUGCUUUCACCUGAGUUGUGACAGAUAUACCUGGCCUUAUGAAGGGUCCAUUUCCUCCCGUAAACAAAACAAAAGCACCUAAAGCCAAUGCUUAUGUAUUGAGUGUCGAGAAUGGGUCUCAAGGGCAUUUUCAGGAGGAGUAUGCUGGCGGAGUAUAGCAGAAAGAUCAAAUCUGCACCGCGCCAGCUUAUCCUCAGUCGCAGUCUGCUUUUCUCGUGCAUGAUGUACGCGACAGCCGCCAUCCCUUUGACAUGGGAUCAGGGAUCGGCGUCGACGUUACCUGCUCUAUUAUGCUUCCAGGAACAGUUCGGUAUCAGCUCUGAAUCUGGUGCCAGCUCGACCAGAAAUUUCGUCUCUCUCGUGUACAUUGGCGACGCAGUCGGGGCCGCCCUAUCAUUCUUCAUAAAUGAUCGUAUCGGACGUCUUUGGUCCUUCCGUCUCUAUACCACCGUUUGGAUCAUUGGGCAACUCGUUGCUACUUUUAGUCCUGGAUCACCGGCACUGUACGCGUCUCGAAUCAUCUCUGGCUUAGGAAUUGGCGCCUUGAGUGUCACAGGCCCCAUUUCCAUAGUCGAAUUAGCCCCGGCCGAGAUACGUGGGCUACUUGCAGCAUGGUACUCUGUUUGCAUGGGCAUAGCCCUGAUGGUCGCUACCUUUUGCGUGUAUGGUGUAGAACUGCACAUUGCAACAAGUCGAUUACAAUAUCAGGUUGUAUGGUUCGCUCCUUGUGUGUUCAUGUUUCUAUGGAUUGUCGCAAGUUUCUUCCUCUGUGAAUCACCUCGGUGGCUAUUUCUAUCUCACCAAGAUCAGGGGGCUGUUAAAACUCUUAUCAGGCUUCGAUGUUUGCCAUUCGACCAUCCUCGGGUACAACAAGAACUCCGAAGUAUAAAAGAGUCCCUCCAGUCAGAAACCGAGGCUUGUGAAGUUGAUGACCAUUCUCCAUCUAAAAUCAUCAGCAUUGCAAGAGAGACAUUUACAGUGCUAUCAAACUUACGCCGUUUACAGCAAGCCCUCAUCUUGUACGCACUUCCACAACUGUCAGGUGGAAACUCUGUUACGAAUUACUUCAUUCCCAUCCUGGAGAUCGUUGGCCUGGCCGGAAACUCCACUCGAAACCUAUUUCUCAAUGGCAUGUACACGCUCUCAAAAUUUUUCUUCAGUUUAUUCGCGUCUUUUUUCUUCAUCGAUGCUUUGGGACGCCGGAACUCGCUUUUCGUUGGCGUAGCUCUUCAAAUGAUUUCCGACAUAUAUCUUGCGGUAUACAUCAAGGUCCAACAGGAUGGUCCCGUCUCUUAUGGUGCAAGUGAGGCAGCUCUUGCAUCAAUAUUCAUCCACUCCUUUGGAUAUACCAUUGGUCUUCUCACUCUCCCAUACGUCUUUGGUGGGGAGUUGUGGCCCAACCGAAUCCGAUCAUUUGGCGCCGCACUGUCACAGACUUUUCACUGGCUAUUUCAUUAUGCCAUGACAUUUGCCUUGCCGUCACUUUUAUCGCGAACCAAUAACUGGGGCGCAUUUAUUUUCUUCGCAGCUUGGUGCUCGGUUGCUCUUCUAUACGUAUACCUCCUGGUACCAGAGAUCGCAGGGCUCUCCGUGGAAGAGAUUGACCGCAUUUUUAAUGGGCCAUGGCAAGUCUUCGGCAGGCGAUCCACGCUCCGACAAAGUCACUUAGUUCUGGAGGGCCAGGAUUUGAGUCAGAAGUCGGACGAGAGCAAAGAAGAACCAUUUCCAACGACGAUGUCCGCUCAGAAAGAGUCAAUUGAGGGACAAAAGCACGUUGUGUCUCAUUAGUUGCUACAUGGAGCGCAACCACCUCUCGCAUUUUGUGUCGAUUGAUAGCUAUCAAGAAUUUUGACUAUUUCUAACCUUUGCGCUAUUUGAUAUAAUCUUUCGUAUUAC